ACUUUCACUCACCACCAGCCCCUCCUGACACCUCACCAUGUGUACAGGAAAAUGUGCCCGCUGUGUGGGGCUCUCCCUCAUUACCCUCUGCCUGGUCUGCAUCGUGGCCAACGCCCUCCUGCUGGUACCUAAUGGGGAGACCUCCUGGACCAACACCAACCAUCUCAGCUUGCAAGUCUGGCUCAUGGGCGGCUUCAUUGGCGGAGGCCUAAUGGUACUGUGUCCAGGAAUUGCAGCCGUUCGGGCAGGGGGCAAGGGCUGCUGUGGUGCUGGGUGCUGUGGAAACCGCUGCAGGAUGCUGCGCUCGGUCUUCUCCUCGGCGUUCGGGGUGCUUGGUGCCAUCUACUGCCUCUCGGUGUCUGGAGCUGGGCUCCGAAAUGGACCCAGAUGCUUAAUGAACGGCAAGUGGGGCUACCACUUCGAAGACACGGCGGGAGCUUACUUGCUCAACCGCACUCUGUGGUAUCGGUGCGAGGCGCCCCCUCGCGUGGUCCCCUGGAAUGUGACGCUCUUCUCGCUGCUGGUGGCCGCCUCCUGCCUGGAGAUGGUACUGUGUGGCAUCCAGCUGGUGAACGCGACCAUUGGUGUCUUCUGUGGCGACUGCAGGAAAAAACAGGACACCCCUCACUGAGGCUCCACUGACCUCCGGGUUACACCUGCUCCUUCCUGGACGCCUGCCUGGCUCGCUCACUCCAUUGCUCGCUAGAAUAAACUGGUUUGAGCUCUC